UUAUAUACGAAAAAGAAAGACAUUUUUUUUCUAAGUCAAGAUCAACAGACCAACCUCUUGGUCUCAGUUUCAGUACAGGGGCUUUUUAUUCACACUAAUUGAAGAUGAGCAGAGAUCGAGAGACUGAGGGUGAGAGUGAGAGGAAAACAAAAAUGGCAGCUGCGACAGAAGCAAAGACAGUUCAUUCAGCAGCGGUCACUUAUUUUUCUAUGUUAUCGCUUCUCUCUCUUUGCCCUCCUUUUGUUAUCUUACUAUGGUAUACAAUGGUACAUGCUGAUGGGUCUGUUGCCCAAACUUGGAAUUUUUUAAAGCAGCGUGGACUGCAGGGAUUAAUAGAAAUAUGGCCAAAACCCACUGCCACUGCCUGGAAAAUAAUUUUCAUUUAUGGAGCAUUUGAAGCAGCACUUCAAUUGUUUCUCCCAGGCAAGAGGGUUGAGGGCCCAAUAUCUCCCACCGGGAACAUACCUGUUUACAAGGCAAAUGGUAUGGCAGCAUAUUUUGUGACAUUGGUUACCUAUCUUAGUCUUUGGUGGUUUGGGAUAUUCAACCCCACGGUUGUUUAUGAUCAUUUGGGAGAAAUAUUUUCAGCACUCAUCUUUGGAAGCUUUAUUUUUUGUAUUUUCUUGUACAUUAAAGGUCAUGUGGCACCUUCUUCUACUGAUUCCGGGUCAUCUGGGAACUUAAUAAUUGAUUUCUAUUGGGGUAUGGAGCUGUAUCCACGAAUUGGGAAAAACUUUGACAUCAAAGUCUUUACAAAUUGCAGAUUUGGGUUGAUGUCUUGGGCAGUUCUUGCUGUCACAUAUUGCAUAAAGCAGUAUGAAGUCAAUGGAAAAGUUUCUGAUUCCAUGCUUGUGAAUACAACAUUGAUGCUGGUGUAUGUUACAAAGUUCUUUUGGUGGGAAGCUGGUUAUUGGAACACAAUGGACAUUGCACAUGACCGAGCUGGGUUCUAUAUCUGUUGGGGAUGCUUGGUUUGGGUUCCAUCUGUGUACACGUCACCAGGGAUGUACCUUGUCAACCAUCCUGUGAACCUUGGAACACAGCUUGCAGUUUAUAUCCUUGUGGCUGGCAUUCUUUGCAUAUAUAUCAACUAUGAUUGUGAUAGGCAAAGGCAAGAAUUUCGCAGAACAAAUGGCAAAUGCAAAGUCUGGGGGAAAGCACCAUCAAAGAUUGAGGCCACCUACACAACAACAUCUGGGGAAACCAAAACCAGCCUUCUUUUAACAUCAGGAUGGUGGGGUUUGUCUCGUCAUUUCCAUUAUGUGCCAGAAAUAUUAGCUGCAUUUUUCUGGACUGUUCCUGCUCUGUUCAACCAUUUUCUGCCAUACUUCUAUGUGGUAUUUCUUACCAUCCUCUUAGUCGACCGAGCCAAAAGGGAUGAUGACAGGUGUCGAUCCAAGUAUGGGGGAAAAAUGUCAGCAUACGACAAUGUAGUAAGUGGGAAGCUGAAGCUGAAGGGAAAAGCCUUAGAUGUUAAGGCUGGUGGAAUCAAGAAGAAAAAGAAACAUAAGAAGCAGCAUCAGGAUUUUCAGAGUACCCAAAAUGACCUCUCUUCUGCUUCUGGUGGAAGCAAAGAAGUUUCUGUUGAUCCCAAUGAAGAAGAUAUCAAUGAUGCUGACAAAUCAAGUGGGGAGGGGAAGGCUUCUCAUUAUGAUGAUCAUCUCACACCAGCAGAGAGACGAUACAUUGAGCAGAGGGAGCAGCUUGAUGUCCAUAGGUUGGCUAAGCAAGCUAAUAAAUCUCACCGAGAUAGAAUCCAGGACUUCAACCAAUAUCUGGCAAACAUGAGCGAGCAUUAUGACAUUCCUAAAGUUGGCCCUGGUUAAUUCACGCAACAUCAAGGAGAUCACCUCAGUGUUUUCAUUUGGAACUUCUAUGUGUUAUGUACCAAACAAAGUUGCUGUCAACAAAAGAUAAAUGCUUUGUUUUAUGGAGGUUGUCGACUGGUUAUCGCGGAUUAUGCAUUUAAUUUUUAGUUGCUAUAUUCGAACAUUAUUACAACCUGCACUUAGUAAGAUUAUAUUUGGAUAAGUGCUUGCCUUCUGCCCCUCUCUACCUGUUUUUACUUGCCUAGUUACUUUAGUCCAUGUCACAGUCACAGUGUGAUCUAUGAUGACCUUUUGCUUUAAUUAAAAUGAUUUAUUGAAUAUAUGCUUAAAAUAAUAUUGAUGCAUUCAAAUUCUAAGCACAUUUUGUGUAAAACAUGAUUUGUUGAGUAUUAUGCAUGAUGUUCUUUUAUCAUUUUGCUCAUAAAUAUCAUGUAGUGACUCUGUAACAUUGUGCUUAAAUUCUUGAUUUG